AUGGCUCUGGUACCAUACAAUACUGGCCAACAGUACGUUGACGAUGAAAGCGAUGUAGAACUGCUUCGAUCUUGCUCGGUUAGUAACAAAACGUGUGUUUUUGUCUUUAUUUUCCUUUUCUCAGAAUGGAUACGUUAACGACGGGAAUUGUGGUCAGGAUGAACACCUCAACAUCAUCAUUGCUGCAACUAUCAACGGAGCCGUCACUGCUUUGGAUGGAGACACUGGAGAACUGUUAUGGAGUUACAAAGAUGCACCACUUUUACAAGGAACUCUCGCCAAUUCUGGAGUAAGUAUUUUUUCAAAAAUCAAUACCUCUUACGAAAAAUCGAUAAGAAUCCUAUGCCUUUUCAGCCAAUCGAGAUUGGUGGAACCAGUUUGCAACUGAUGCCGACGCUGGAUGGGAGACUCUUCUCGUAUGCCCAUCAAGUCAAUCUUAUCGAACCAAUGCCAAUCACCACCGAAUCUCUGUUGGAAUCCACAAUUCGCUUGGGACAAGAUGCAGUCGCCGGCGGGAAAACGGUUACAACCAAAGGAGUGGACCUGUUGACGGGCGAGGAAAAGUACGAGUGUUCGGUGGAUUCGUGCGGGAAAGCCGGCUCGGAGCUCCCGGAGAACCCGAUUCUUCUCGUCAAACGGAUCACCAACUCGAUCCGCGCGAUGGACACUCUUCGUGGAGUCGAACGAUGGAACCUCUCAACUGCCGAACUGGAUGUCAGUCUUGCCGGUGGCAUUUCCACGGAAAUAUUGCCUCCGUCCAACUUGAAGUUCUUGCUUCGUCCGCCAGACGGUGUUGUGGUGGCUGUAAACAAGUAUAACCGAGAGCAAUGGAAGAGCGACGUUGCUGGGCAUAUUGUCAGUGCUUGGCACAUUUCUGGGAACAGAAUCGGAGAAGUUUGUCAAAAAGUCGAUUCUCAAAAUGUAGUUGAUUUCAGAUAUCAAUUUUCGACCCCAGCAACAUCUAUACGACGCUAUAUGAAGUGAUGCAUCGGGAACAGAACAAUAUGAAAUCCCAAUCUUCACUGCUUUACAUGGGAACCUCUGAUGGCAAUCCGUUCAUCAUUCAAAGCCCGAAGGCGAAACAGAACCUGAAAAAGAGGAUGAACAGUCUGCCAGAAUUCUCUUCUUCUCCCGAGCUUACGGGCUCUCGCUCCUGCUCCGCCAACGGAAUGCCCAACAAUCUUGCCUAUCAAGUCGAGGACACUGCAUUGCGUACGUUUAUGAUCCACUUGAUUGAGAAUCUGUAAUUCUUUCAGGCGUUGUUCUGCGGGAUGCAUUCAAGAUGACGCACAGUAAAGCAAUCGAGGAUAAGUCAUCAAACGUGGUAACCACUAGAGGACAACUGCAAAUUGUGGCUCCAAAAGAUGACCUGACGGCUCAGAAGAUUGGACAGGAGAAUGUGAGGUCCACUUCAAUGACAAAAGAAGGAGAUCACGGAUAUUUGGUGUUGGACAUCGAGAGACGUCCGAAGAGAAAUGUACUGCCGUCUCCGAUAAACUUCAUGCACACCGUGCUUAGCUACGUUUUAAAUCCAACUUCUAUCAUCAGUUUCAUUACCGGAUUUAUUGGCGUGACUCUGGCAGUAGCGUACAACCAGUUCAAACGAAAAGCUCGGGGUAUGAUCGAAGAAGUUCCAAGAUCGGAGAGCACUGAGAGCGAAAGCACAUCUCCUGUCACUGCAGCGGUAAAGAAAUUAUUAAAAAUUGUUUUGCGAUAUAUUUACUUUUCAGACCGUAUCUUUUGCGACAACUGGUAAGGACACCGAUCAAUCUGCCGAGUACGGAUCAGACUUCAGCAGCUCACAAUUUUGCUCUCCGUCUCGGACCACUCUUCCCGUCGUGGUAAGUAGUCCGAAAUUCAAUGCAGUUACUCAUCUUUGACAUUUCAGCCAUUCGGAAAAUCAGUCGGCGAGUUCCGUACAACUCCAGCAGUGAAACUAACAAAACGACAGGCGAAAACCGACGUGGAAACUGACGAGAAUUCAACUGAAAGAAAAACAAAAACAAAAAUCCAUCGGGACCGCACGAUUUCUCGUUCCAGUCUUGAAGGAUUCACUAGUCGUUUCGCGAAUGAGUUCGAAGUCAAGAAACUGAUUGGACACGGCGGUUUCGGUGUUGUCUUCCGUGCACAGAGCAUCACAGAUAUGAACGAGUAUGCAGUGAAAAGAAUUGCGGUGGCCGACAAGUAUGUUCAGAAAUUAUUUGGUUCCUUCAUCUGAAUUGUCCAUUGUUUCAGCCAAAAAGCAAGAGACCGUGUUCUCCGAGAAGCUCGAGCCCUUGCCAUGUUCGACCAUCCAGGAAUCAUCCGCUACUUUUUUGCUUGGGAAGAAAGACCUCCGAAAGGAUACCAGGAGAAGGAAGAUGAGACUCUGUUUGGAAAAAUGAAGGCCGAGAAGUUAGCAAAGCUUCACGAGAUCAAGAAGGGCAAGAAGAAUGCGAGCAAGAUUCCGAGUGUAAAGUCUGCUGAAAGUGCCUCAUUCGCCGAAACUUUCGAGAUGCCACCAGUGGUCGGAAACACCGUGGAAGACAGUUGGAACAGUAGUACGAGGCCACAAGAGAUCGGUGCAAAGCGGACUACUUCUGAGAGUAAACGUGGACUGAGUAAGUAAACGAAGGCCCUUUUUAGUUCUAUUUUUUCUUUGUUUUAGAUGGAGAGUCAGAUACAACUGCCGAAAUCGGGAAAGAAAAGAGCGUUCGAUUCUCGAGCAGUGACGACGAAUCAGACACCAGUGAUGAGUCCGAAGACAAAAAUUCCUCCUCUUCCUCUACUGGCUCUUCUAUCAGCGAUGAGCCAAUCAAAAAAACAGUAUAUUCUUCAUCCGGAGGCAUUGAAUUCCGCGAUGAUUUGGAUGAAAGUGUUGAGGAUGAAGUUAAAAAGGCGAAAAAGGAAAUCGAAGUGAUUGAUAAGCUGUCCAUUCACAACAGAGUGAGUAUCAUAGAAAUCAGAUGAUGACAUUCUAACCUUUUCAUUUAAGGCAGUGCUUGUGGAGACGGAGAAUCAGGAAUUGGAAGUACGCGAAACCGCCGAAGCAGGCGAUUGUGCUUAUUUGUACAUUGUGAUGCAGUUGUGUGCGGAGAAGACACUGGAAAGCUGGAUCAAACGGAACAAGACACUGGAGAGCCGCUCGUUGGUAGUGAUGAAGGAUUGGAUCAGACAGUUGGCCAGCGGACUCGAUUAUCUGCACAACAAAGGAUUCAUUCACCGAGACCUGAAACCCGGAAACGUAUUCUUCUCUCUUGAUUCAAAGCCAGAUCACCAGAUUCUGAAAAUUGGAGAUCUGGGAUUAGCCACAAAGACCGACGGAGCUCCGAAGAUCACAAUGCGUCAAGAUUCGGACAGCGACGCCAAGCACACGAAAAACGUCGGAACUCGGUCGUACAUGUCUCCAGAGCAACUGGGACAUCAGCAGUACACCGAGAAAGUUGACAUUUUCGCGCUGGGCCUUGUGGCCUGCGAACUCGUCGUUCCGUUCGCGACGGCCAGUGAGAGGGUCCACACUUUCUCCGACUUCCAGAAAGGAGCUACUCCGUCGAUUCUAUCCAGCCAUCCGGAAUCGGUAAGAAAAUAAACGUACGUACCACUGAUGACCGAACAUCGUUAAAUUUCAGCAAGAGUUCCUCCUGCAACUGACCAGAUUCGAUCCAGCAGAUAGACCGACUGCCAGUCAAGUCGCCGCUCAUCCGUUCCUUCAAUAA